UCUCCCAGAUCAGGGUAGGUAUAUGUUCGAAUGCGCCGGUUUUUUAUUAUUUUUUAUUUUUUUAUUUUUGCUCAAUGCCAUAGCUGACUGAAUAUUUUAGAUUGGUCAAACUUAUGUCAGCAGCCGAAGAAGGGCGCUAGAACCUUCGGCCAAAAAAGGAUUCUAAACGAGUUCUAUAAUAAGUUACAGUGGAGUGAAAACUGCAAGGUUGUAAGGUCCAGCAGCCAGCCUGGCGAGCCGAGCGUUUCCUGGUUUUGAUGCGACCCGAUUGUGCCUGGAGCAUGUCCACAGCGGGCCUGACUGCCCAGGAGAUCUAUUUACCCGCGGACAGCCCCUUUCUGCGGGCCAGUCACUGUCUCAGCAUGGCUGGAGCCAAGCCCUCAUGGAACCAUUCCCAUGAGUUGGACAAGUUGUACUUCAGUAUGGAUGCAGCAGCCCCAGAAUACGUGAAAUGUCAGCAGGUGCCACGAUCACUCAGUUCUGAGAAACAGAAACAUAACUCUGGUACACAGCAGUUACCUCCAAAGAAAUCCCGUCCCACCCAUCUGUCUCUGUCGUCCAGCGCUGAGCCCUCCACCCCUAGCCCUGCCGAAGACGAUCAGGUGGUCCCGUCCUUCAAGCGUUUGUCUGUGUACGAACGCGCCAGUCCCCCACACACACCAGGCCGGGGGGCCAAGCCCCUGCCCCCUCUCCCUGGGCAGGCAGACCUUUCCCCUGACCAGGCCAUGGACAACGAGGUGGAGUUCUUUACCAGUUCAGAUGAUAGCCGUUGCUUGGUGCCUGAGCAGUGUCCCCCCAAACCCAAUUCCUUCCGCUACGGAACCCCGAGCCGCCGGAGCUUUAGGGGCUGUGGCCAGAUUAACUAUGCUUAUUUCGACGGCCCGGCGGGACAGCAGAGACAGCAGGAGCAGCAGGAGAAGCAAAGGCUUCAGGAGCAACUUUGGGAACGGCAGGAGCAGCAGCGGAUACAGCAUGAGCAGCAGAUGUUGGAGCAGGAGGUUCGGGAGCAUGCCGAGCGUCAGCCCUCGGAGCAGCCGGCGUGUCCCAGACAUCAGGACCGAGGCCAAAGGAAGCUGCGGCGCUCUCACUCGGGACCCGCCGGCUCCUUCAACAAGCCCACGUCACUGCGCCUGUCCUGCCACCACCGCCCCACUCAGGGUCCGGAGAAACCGGAGGUGCCCCCGCGCGUGCCCAUCCCCCCACGGCCCGCCAAGAUGGCAGACUACCGCCGCUGGUCAGCCGAGGUGUCGUCAGGGGCCUACAGCGACGAGGACAAGCCCCCGAAGGUGCCCCCCAGGGACCCAUUGUUGUUGCGAGGCAGCUCCCGUACCCCCAGCCCCAAAAGCCUUCCCUCGUACCUCAACGGUGUCAUGCCCCCCACGCAGAGCUUCGCCCCAGACCCAAAGUACGUGAGCCGGGGUUUACAGAGACAGAACAGUGAGGGUUCUCCCUGCAUCCUGCCUGUCAUGGAGAACGGCAGGAAGGCCAGCACCACACACUACUUCCUGCUUCCACAACGCCCCGCCUACCUGGACAAACCUUGCCUGGAGAAACUUUUCAGGGAAAUGGAAUGCCCGGCAGGUCGCGGUGGAGGGGCUUCAGACCCAGAGUGGGAUUGUCAGACCAGGAGGAAAGCACAGGUGGAUCUAGUUUGACGUGUUAGAGGAGGACUUCACUGCACACAACAGCCAACCGCUGAAGCACACACCGCGCCACAGAAACACUGAAGCCUUCAAACAUUCACUGCUGCUUUAACACAGACGACCGUGGUAGUUUUACCUCUGUAUUUUAUAACAUAGUGCAUUUGACACAUUACCAUUUACAAGUUACUGGGACAUUUGGAAUUGCAAUCAAAACACAGAUGCAUGAUCUAAAUAGUAUCUCUAACUAUUGAUUGUGUGGGUAAUAUUUAACAAUUUUUAAAGUGAUUAUUAUUUUUGUAUAUGAUUUAUUAUUUCAGUACAUUGAGUAUAUGUAAAUGUUUUGCUGAUACAUUGGUGCAGUUUUAAGGUAUAAGCUGGACUUGUGCCUCUUGUUCGGUAUGUGUUUUUUUUAUUUUUUUAUAUUGCUUAUGUGUCUCAAAGUAAGGCUUGGGCGGUGUUGAUUGUCAUAUCUUGUCAUGUGUUAUUACUGACACUGAACACAGUGCAUGCUAUUUUCAAACGCCAAUGGGCUUUGGUAAUCUGAAGGUUUGUAAUAUUAAUAAUAAGUAUAUGUACUGUUAAAUCACAUAGAGAAUGCCAUCAUAAUCCUAAAAAACAAUACAUAAAAAAAAAACAUAAUCCACAGUCCCUAACAAACUAUUUGCAUGAUUGACAUCCAAGCACAAAAAGUUAUGCAAUUAAAUAAAAUAAAAGUGCUACUCUAAGAUGGCUGCAGUCAGGAGACAAACAAUAAACACAAGGAUGUUAUUGUCUGCUGCUACCAAAAGAAGCUUGUUUUUUGCCAGAAGAACCUCUAAGUUAGAAAACCAAAUGUAAAACCUCAGAGCAUGUAGCAGAUUUUAAAAUGUUAAAGUAAUAAUUAUGAGAUCUCCAGCCGGCAAACAUUUAAUUGGGAAUUCCAAACUGUAACUAGAUCACCUGAAACGUGCUGCACAGCUGUAGUGCACAAGGUUUCUACUUUGUGUUGUUGUAAUAAUAAUGUGACAGGUGAAAUGAAGAACACAAUGUGCUUCAAUCUUUUAAUGUAUUGCGCAAGAUGAUUUCGGUAUUUACUUAAACAUAGCAACAAAUAUUCACCUUUUAUAAAAAAAAAAAUAUAUAUAUUCUUAGAAAGAAUUUCAACAGUGUUUCACAUUCGGCGUCUGUUUUCUAAUACCUUGGGCUAGGAUAUGGGAAAAGCACCGCCCAAGCUAAGUAUGGACAAAGGGUCAGUAAAGCAAUGAUCUUGUAUUGCAUCUAUGAAGUUUUAAGAGGCCUAUGUAUUUACACAUUUUAUGAAGGAUCCCCUCCCUACACACACCCUAUUAUGUAUAAGCAUAACUAUAGGAAUGCACAUAUUUCUAGUGUCCAGGCCGCUGUAUGGAUGUUGUCUAUAUGUUCAUGGUGUGCUUCUGUGUUUUCCUCACUGGACCUGCCAGUGCCAGUGGGGGAGUGGAAUAUUGGUAUGCAUGUUUCCAGUGGAAUGUCUAGUGCAGCUUGUACUUUGUGUUAACUGUAUGCAUGUGUGUGUGGGGUGUGCGUGUGUGUGUUAAGUGGUGCAAGUGUGUUCGGGUUUUCUAUGCAGGUUUUGUGUGACUUUUCUACCAUAUUGUAGGAAAUUAGGUUAACAAUAUUUGUUACUGUUCUCUGCCUGUUCUCAGCACUUCUAAGUACAUGGUAUAACCCUUAUACUUUCUUUCAGUCUCCAGGUCAUUUUUUUGUUGCACAAAAAUGUUCCUGUUGAACAUAUGUGAAUGUAUGCUUUUCCUACUGAAUUGUGUCAAACUGUAUAGAGAGCUCGGUAGUUGGUCAAGCUGUGAGUCAUUGUCUGGAACUAAUUUACCUUCAGUACUACCUCCCAUGAGAAUACAAACCUAUUCAUACCCCAACAUUGUGAACUGUAAUACUCAAAUGAUUCAAAUUGAAGGCCCUUAAUGAGAUAUGGAUAUGUUUAUUAAGAACAGUUUUCACUCAGUAAAUGUACCUUUUUAGACAAUUGUAAUGAUAUUUUACAUUGUCUUGACCUACACCAGUGAUCGAGGAUAACUAAGAGGUUGGGCUUACCUGAUAACAUAGACACAUUACGCAGCCUGUACGAGGCUUACCUACCCGACACAGACUUUCCUGUUCUGCUAAUGCAUUCCUGCCUGACAUGAUUGCAGUGGGUGUGGUCCAGAGAGUUUGGCUGCUGGCAGCCAGGAAACAAUAAAGAUUUUAUUGUUAUAGAUUAUUCAAGAACAAUAUCCAAUACCAGAUUAGCUCUAAGGUCAAAUGGUUACUUGAGUAAAUUUUCCCUCAAAAGCAUAUGGGGAAAAAAUCUAACAAAGGCCAUGUUGUUUUUAUUUCAUGUAUAAGAAAAUGUUUACAUUGUACACUGAUGUUAUUUAAUCUCAACAUAUUCCCAUGUCUUAUCAGAAACCAUUAAAUCAAAUGAAGACUUUAGCCGAUCGAGAAUACCUGUCGUUUUGUGCUGCGGUGAUAAGAAUGCACUGGGAGUGAAGGACAGUGUGCUGUGUUUGUACAGUAUUUAACAUAAUUCCAAUUGUCAUUACCAGUAGUUGAUCAACUUGUCAGUCUUUAUAGGGAAACAAUAAAAUGCUUAGAUAUUUAUGA